GUCCCGCUCGGCGCUCCCUCUCCAGUCCGCAUUCGACGGUGAUCGCGUAUGGUUGCGAGUUACUUCACGUCGUCCGUUCUCGUGGCAAAUGGAAUUUUCGCCGCGCACAUUACACCAGUCGACCAUCGGGGACAGUCCAACGAUUUGAAAGCAGCUUGUCUAAAUGGAUGAUAUUCAUUCAUGGUGGGAAGUUCCGAGUAUUGCUCACUUCUGUUCUUUGUUUCGCGUGUCCUUUGAUCUUCUUGACUUCGACAUUGAAGAUUUAGAAGCAGCCUUAUUGACAGAUGGAACUGAGGACAAUGGCAACUCACUGCUACAGGAGCUCAUUGCUAGAUUGUUAUCUGGCUGCUUCGGCAAUAAUAGUAUAUCUACUUUCAAUUAUCAAAUGUUUUUACGUAGAUUGUUUAGGGAAAAAUGCAAGGAGUACAAUUUCCAGAACCCCUUCAAUUCAGAUAUCGACUUCCAGUUUUUGCCACUUCGAACAAAAGUGGAAAUACUCCACGCAUUGUGUGAUUUCAGAUUGGAUGCUGAUGAUGUCAUGGAAUCACUUAAGAACCUUGACUCGGAUAGUUUAAGAGUGCAUCCUCUAGGGUAUGAUGAGAACAAAUCAGCGUAUUGGUACUUUUACGGUACCCGUUUGUAUAGGGAAGAUUAUGAAAAAGUAGUUCCCAAAAAAAAAAAGAAAAAACGAGGUCGUAAAAAGAAAUGUGAACCUCCUGUCUGUUCGGAUACGGAAGAUGAAUUAGAUUUAGGUUCUGGAAAAUGGCAGGUGGUUUGCUUUACAGAAAGCGACUGGGAAAGAUUGGCUUUAAAAACAGAGGAUUCAGAAAAUAGAGAUGUUCAAGCUCUUCACCAAGUAAUCACCGAAGACUUUUUACCCGAAAUUCCUCGUUUAUUUGAAGAAAAAGAGAGAUUGCAAAGGAAACGCAUGUUAGAAAUGCAGCCACGAAGGCAAUCUACUAGACUAGAAAAACUUAAACAGCAAAAAGAAGAAAGAAAAAGGUAUGAAGAUGUAUGUCGUGACCAUGAAGAAAAAGUAAAAAAAAAAGAAAAUAGAAAAAAACAUCAAGAUAAAAGACCUAAAGUGAAAGAAGAAGGACUAUCAGAUAGUGAAGCUGAAAGUCAUGGGUAUUCUUCAAGUAGUUCCAAGGUGGCGGGUCGUCAAACAAAUAAUUCAUUAGCUUCUGCUACUGGUCAAAUUGUUAUUGAAAGUUCGCAAGAAAAACCUGUGCCUAAAGCUACAUCUAAAGCUGGGUUUAAAUCCACUACUGAGGAUUUGCAAAUAGGUAUGUACAAAAUAUUGAACAAAUUAAAAGACCAUGAAGAUGCCUGGCCAUUUCUUGAACCAGUUGAUGAAGAAAUAGCUCCAAGUUACUACAGGGUGGUGAAAACUCCAAUGGAUCUUCAACAAAUGGAGGACAAGCUUAAUGAUGGGUUGUACGAAACAUUGAUUCAGUUUAAACAUGAUUUCCAACUAAUUAUUGCAAAUUGUAAACAAUACAAUGGAUCUACAAAUGAAUAUACAGUUAUGUGUGGAAAUUUACAAAGAGUUUUCAACAUGGGGGUUCACAAAUAUUUAGACUGGGAGAUGUCUGAAGGAUCUGAUGAUGAAAUGGCAUACCUUAAGAGGUAUGAAAAUGGAACCAUGAGGUCCAGGAAGGGUAGAAACCGACAGAGAAGUACUAGUAGUAAAGAAUCUUGUAAUAAUACUGAUAAAGAAAAUGAAGAAAAGUUACGAGAGUGUUUAGACUCUAGUAAAUUUGAAAAUGGGAUCAAUCAAACUGAUGAUGAUUCUUGCAGUUUAGAUUCCAAAUUAGAAUCAAAAAAGAAGGCACCAAAAGAAUUACCUAAGAUAAAGAAAAGUGUGAUUAUAAAAAAUACUAGUGCAAUAGAAGUACAAGCACUCGAAGAAGUUACUGAGCAGACAUUGAGGGAUAUAAAUAAAUGGUUAGAUGAUACACCAACCUUUUCAUCAGCAAGUAAUUCACCUAUGGCUACUUUAGCUGGUUCAGUGCUAGAUGACGCUGAAGUCACAUCUCGAUUGGAUGCAGAGUACCGUCAAGCUCACAAGCUUGAUAAACCACGUUUGCCUUUCAAAGAAAAGAAGCGACCAACAAAAGAAUCUAUUGUAUUGCCUUUAAAACGAAAGCGUGAAGUACAAAGAACAAUUGAUCGUCUACAGCCGGGUAAAAGUAAAGGCAACCUAAUAUCAAACAAAUCAGAUGAUAGUCAAAUUACCGCCAAACAAAAAUUGAUUAAAGCUGAUUUAGAGACAGCACCAACUCUUAGUUUAGGCACAGUAUUGAACACUGACCUUAUGGGAUUUUCUUCUAAGAGACCAAGUGAAGACAAAGAUCUAGUAAAGACUGAGAUAGAACCUGAAAAAAUUCCUGUUGAUAAUUUGACUGUCAUAAAAAAAGAAGAGGUUAAAACAGAAUUACUAGAAGAAAAACCCGAAAAGGCAACACCAAACCUUAGUGCAUGGUUCAAAGCAUUUGGUGCGCCUAAGACACAACCAACCCCAAAACGCAAGCAAGAAACUGUAGAAACAUCUCCAAUGUACACUGCUUAUGCUAUGAACGAUAUGGUGCCUUAUGAUUAUACUUUAAAAGAGGCAGAUAAAAAAGAAAAUUUAACUACAGUGGAUACUAAGAAGACAACCAUACCAGUGCCUUUAGUUUCACCAGACAAGCUACCUCCUAAGCGACAAAGAAAAAUAAGUACAGGUAGUAGUGUUUCUGAGCAGUCUUCCCAAAACGACUCUUGGAACUCUCCUCGGCCUAGUCUAGAUGAACCUUACUUAUCACCCCAGUCUGGAAAUUCUCCCCAACAAUUAAAACCUUAUCAAAAUGUUUUAAACAUUCCGCAUGCUCCCAUUAAAGUUGGUUUUUAUCAAGACGCUUUUGCUAGGCCAAAUUCAGAUAAGAGCAGUAGCUGUAGUCCAAGAAAUCCUUCUAGUGUAAUGACAGCAAGUCCACAUGGCCAAAGUCCACACCAGACUUUUACAAGUCCUUGUGACUUGCCUAGUGAUAGUCCUGGUAAUUUUGUUGGAAGCCCUCACGAUGCUAGUUGUAGUCCACACAACAAUGUUGUCAAUAGCCCUAAAGAGAGUCCACAUCAUUUAAUAUUGAGUCCACAAGAUUCAAGUAAUAGUCCUUAUUAUAGUCCUCAUAAUGUAGUUAAUAGUCCAAAGGAGCAUGUUGCCAGUUUAGCAGAUGAUUAUCAACAAAAUCAAAAUGUUUAUUCCCAAUACAUUGGUUCACAACAAAGUUCGCCUCAAAAUACGUACACAGAAUUAUAUCCUCAACAACAACAACAACCAGCUGCAGCUACAGUGCCUACUAAAACUCAAAAUAUAUUCCCAGUAAAGAAACGUGUGUAUAACGAGUGUGAGAGACCUCAAGAGAUGGCGUUCACUCCAACUGAUGCUAGCAAGGAACAAGAAAGAGUAUUUGUACCUACUCCAGGUCAGAUGCCUAACUCUAAUUUUAAUUCUGAACUAAACUAUCAGAUGGGCUAUCCACGUAACGAUCAAACACCUUACCAGCAAAAUAUGGAACACCAACACCCACCAGUACCAGUAACCUAUCAAAAUAGUCUUAACUAUUUACAAAUGGCUCGUGACCGCUGUGAAAGUGAACAGAAAACCGUUCCAAAUUCAUUGUUUAAUUACACAGCUCCUAGUCAGACUUUUGUAUCAGCACCAACACCACAUUACACUUCAACUCCUUUGAACUAUUCAAAUCCUCCUAAAGAUGCUGUAGGUUAUACAACAGCUCCAUUAAAUUAUGCAAGUCGAACGACGCCUGGACAAUUUAUACCUCCUAAUUUUAAGCAACCUACUUCUCAACCAAGACUUAAUUAUAACAAUCCCUAUGAACAAUACCCAGAUCAAAUCAAUUUACGGCCCUACAAUUAUCCCGUGCUACCUAGCAAGUCAUAUCCACACCCAAUACAAGAUAUGAUACCGGGUAAGUCACAAAAUAUUGAUUUUACGACUGGUCGACCAUUGCCAAAUAUUAUACCAGAAAACAUGGGUUAUCGUUACAAUCAAUCAACAUAUCCUGGACCCUCUGUAGCAGAAAUUAUGAAAAAUAAAAUGGAAAUAAGUCAACCUACUUAUUCGAGUACAAGUAUGGCUGAGAUGAUUAAAGCAAAUCAACCGACAUACGUAAAUACAGCUAUGGCAGACAUGAUGAAAGUCAAUCAACCAGCUUAUCCUCCAAAUUCAUCUGUGGCUGAAAUGACAAAAUCAAAACUGGAAAUAAACAGAUCUUUAAUGAUGGAACCCCAUCAGUUGCCCCCCAAGCCUGCCAAGAAAACAAGUAAAAAGAAGAAAGCUGCUGCUGCUGCUGCUGCUGCAGCUGCACAACAACAACAACAACAACAACAACUACAACAACAACUGCCUCCACCACAAUCUACAAUGGGGGGAACAACAGCACAAACAGUAGUGGAACCCGCUCGUACUGUGGAACCACCACGUGCUGACCCUCCCUAUCCACAUCAUUAUCCACCCCUUGUGAAACCCCCCAUGUCAAGUGGCCCAUUUAACUUCAAUCCAGCCAUCAAGGAUGGCUAUCAGGAUUAUCUAAAUGAAAUACGGUCAACUGGCUAUUUCGCAGACCCAGCUGCAGCAGCAGCACAAUCAGAAGAAAGAAAUACUGCAUUUGCAUUUGCAAGACCUCCAUCAGGCUAUGCUCCUCCGCCAUUGGAAGCAUACAACCCCCCCAACCCUUCAGACAUUUAUUCACAGUUCUUACAGAGACAUCCGAUGAUGUUGCACCAAGGACUAUCAGGCUUCCCACCACCAGGGUAUUUAAAUGUGCACGAUCCCAUGAAUAGGCAUCCUCCUUGGAUGUAAUACGAUCAGUUAUCAUUGCUACUUAGAUGUGAUCCAUCAGUAUCAAAAUAGUAUAUUUUGUUCAUAACUUCUAUUUUUUUUUUUUUAAAUCAGUUUGAUUUAUCUUAUUAUUAUAGGACGAGGAGAAAGGGAGUUGUUAUUUAUUGAUUAAACAAUUUUUAAUUUUUUUUAAUUAAUUCUCCCUUUUUUAUUAUGUUAGUUAGCCAAUAAAUUAUUCUGAAAUUUUUCAAACAAGUUAACAACAUUAAUAUAAAAUGUUUUCAUUUUCUUUUUUCUCAAAAAGAGUUUUUAUUUACUAAUAACCAUUUUACAUCCCUGUAGUCUGCAAUUUUAAAAACAAAAAUAAUUCAUACUUAACAAAAAUGUUGUUUUCAUUUCCUCUAACAAUUAGUAUAAUAUAUUUAAAAGUAAAAAUGACACCAACCAUUAAUUAUGAAAACAAUUAAUCUUCUCCCAAUAAACCCAAGUGCAAUUGUAAAAUAAUAAUUUAUUAUUAUUUUUUUUCGUUACAUUUGUAGUUUAACUUUGAACAUUGAGACAUGUUUAAACACCCAUUGCAUAAUUGUUAACAAUUGGUUUUAUUAUUAUAUAGGUUUAUAAAUUUAUUAUUUUUAGUAUUUAUAGAAUUGUAUUAGUUUUCCCUCAAGAACUUUUGGGCCAUUUAUUGCAAGCAAUAUUUUUUGUUAAUCUGUCUAUGAUAUUUCAAUAUACUUUUAACUAUUCACAUCUAAUAUGUGAGGUUUACAUUUAAUUUCUUUCAACUCGAAUGCUUGAACAGUUUCAUGCAACAUCAAACAAGAUUAUUAUUUAUUAUUAUUGUGGAUAUUUUCCAUGUUCAAGUACAUGAACCAUUUUUGCAUACAAAUUAACUAGUGAGUUAUUUUUCUAAUCAUUGUUUUACGUCAAUUAUGAAUUUAGAGCUAAUAUAAAAUGAUUUUAUAUGUAUGCUCGGAAUAGUUUGUACUCUAAAACAUACACUCUUGUGCGUUGUCUAGAAUAAAAUUUUAAUUGACAGAUAGUAAUAGUUUAUUAUAUAAAAAUAAUAAUUUGUAUUAUUAUUUAUUAUAUUAUUUAUUUUAUUAUUAUUACUACUAUUAUUAUUAUUUACCUAAAUAUUUCUUAUUAUAAAAUGCUGUGACAAGAUAUUGUUCUCGCAUUGAUCUCAUCUGUCAUUUUAAUAAUAUACAAUUUAAAAUCGAAAAAUAUAGAAAAGAAAUACAAAUGAAUUUGUAAAUGCAAGCUAAUCAGAAAAAAAAUUGUAAAAUGAAAUACUAUUAUUUAUUUUUUACUUGUUAGAUUUUUUUUUUUGUCAUGUUAUUUGUUAAGGAACAAAAUGACGAAUUGUUUAUCAUAUUUACACGUAUCUUAUGUUGCCUUACAAUUUAGUGUAUACAAUAUAUUAUAAAUAAUAUGUAUACACAUAAAAAUUUGUACAAUGCGUGACAUUUAAAUAUGAUACAUGUGGAUAUUGUAUAUUUUUGUAUAGAAUGUUGUCUAUAUAACAUUAAAAACAAAAAAACUCUUAUUUUCAUUAUAUAAUAUCAUAAAAUAUAAAUAUACAUUAUGUAAUUAUAUUUGUAUAUAAGAUAAAGAUAUAUUAUACCAUUUAGUAGCACGUGCUUUAUAUAUAUUUAGUGAUACAUUUUUAUUUCACAAAAGUUGAAGAUUGUUUAGAG